GUGUGGAUAUUUGUUUCCGGGUGGCUAUCGAAGAUGUCCAGGUUUAUAUGGCAGUGGUCUAUUGCGAUCAUCUUCAGUAUUGACAUACUUGCAGGUGCAAUACGUAUUACCUCCAAGCCCGAAGACAUCACCAAAGUGCUGCGAGGGACGUUGAACUAUAAUGUGAGCUGGUACUGGGACAUUACACCACCGGCUACGAUAUCUAUUCGUGUUGCUGAUAUUUUUGUCAAGGGUGUUAAGAUUGGGGCAUUGGCCGACGGAUCCCCUCCAACUCCAGUAGUUUUCACCGAUUUUAAAUCUCGGUACAGCAUCAGUACAGCGACGUUCAACCCCAUUACACUUACCAUUAAAGAUGUCCAGCCUCAAGAUGUUGGGGAGUAUGCGAUGCACUUGGCAGAUGAUGAAGGAGAAACUACCUUCGAGGCGUCAAAAUUUACCCUGGAUGUAUUGGCUCACCCCAGUGUAACUCAUGCAAACAUAACGGUCAACAAGACAAACACCGCAGAACUCAUGUGCAGCGCCACAGGGAACCCAAAACCUAACGUGACCUGGACCAGGAGCGGAAAAAAGGAUGUUCUGGGGACUGGGGAGACUCUUACCUUCAGCAAUGUCAAGAUAUCGGACGGGGGGUGCUACGUGUGUACCGCUACUAAUAACAUCGGGAGUGGAGCAAGUGGUACCGUCUGUCUUACCGUGCGAUAUAAACCAGUGCACACAAACAUCACGGGAGUGGAAAGCUACAUCGUUCGUCAAUGUGGAGCUGCGAUUUCCUUGACCUGUUCAGCGGUUGGUGAACCACAACUGAUUACCUACCACCUCUACAUGGACAAUCUACUGAUCAGAAAAAACAUUAACGGGAUGUUUCACAAUAUUCUAUUAGAUUCAGUAGGGAUUCAUCUCCUCACCUGUGUUCCGAUUAAUGACGCUGGAGUUGGAGAAAACAGAUCUGUGAGCAUGAACGUGACCGAAAAAUUACCGACAAUUUCUAUAACACCUUUACGAGCUACAGUAAAUGAGGGGUCAGUGGUUGUGUUUACGUGUUUAGCGAUUGGCUUCCAGAGCUUCAAGAACUUCUGGAAGAAGGAUGGCGUCUUCAAGGGCGAUGGGAGCUCUCUUACGUUAUCAUCUGUCGGGAGGGAUGACAGUGGCAACUAUACCUGUAACGUCACUAGUACAUGUGGGACGACGAUGAAAACGGCCUCACUAGAUGUCAUUUACAAACCAGAAAACACGACCCUUGUGUCCAAUUCCACCCUCGGAUGCGUUGGCGACAUUGUCCUGUUGACCUGCUCUGCUGACGGCAAACCCUCCGACGUGACGCACUCGCUUGCCUUGGAUGGAGAGCAUCUACACGCGAGUGAGGCUGGUAUUUUUCUAGUUACCCUGGAGAGGCCUGGCUGGAAUAACUUAACUUGCAUUCCUAGCAAUACCGCGGGAAAGGGGAAGGAAGCAGAUAUCAGCAUUUUCGCAUCAGUGCCUCCGUUGGUUGCCUAGUUUUCCUCAAGCGAGGUUACGAUUAUGGAGGGCCAUCCAGCCAAGUUAAUGUGUAACGUCACUGGCUCACCAGUUCCAAACGCGACUUGGUACAAACUAGGCUUUGAAGGAUGGUAUCACAGUGGGCCGAUGCUUGUUCUGUC